AUGGCUGAAGAAGAGUUCGGCAAAUUUCAAACAAAAUUACCUAUCGAUAAGGAUUGGGUUGAAGAAGAAGGCACAAAAUCGGGUUACGAAGAAUAUAGCGCUGAAGAAAGUGAAUCAGAGAAAUUUUCGAGAACAAGUUCUGCAACGUCAGGUCCCGAUUCUCAACAGCAAUCUGUAGAUAUGACAAUAAAUCCGAUCCAAAAUAUCUUGCCAUUUGAUGCAACCGAUAACAUGACAUUGGAUGAUAAAAAUGUUCUCACUAAAGAUAUGGAACAUGAAAUGGAUAUAACUAAUGAUAGAAUUUCCUUUGACGACGAUUCCAUUCCAGCACAUCUUCUGACUUUAUCACCAUCUGCCGACAUUACUUCUAAGAUUUUUGAUAAGACAGAAAAAAUCUGUUAUCAGUGGAAAAAAUGGAACAUAUCAACACAAAUGUUAUUAGCAAUGUUGAACAAGAAAUGGAUGCUCAAAAAGUUGCCAUAA